AUGGGAAGAAGAGAUGAAGGAGUCAAAAUUCCAAUGUUGAUUAAGGAACACUACUUUCACUGGAAAGUGAAAAUGAGGAUGCAUCUUCUCCCUCUUGAUUCUAGCUACAUCAACUACAUUGAGAAAGGACCUCAUGUACCAGUAAAGAUCAACACUUCUAUUGGAGUUGAUGGCCAUGAAGCUGCAGACAUUGAAGUCCCCAAGUCUGUCUUUGAGUUUACUGAAGAAGAUGAAAAGGAAGUGCACAAAGAUAACAAAGCCAUGAACAUUCUGUUUAAUGGUAUUGAUGAUGAAAUGUUUGAUAGUGUUAUCAACUGUACUACUGCUAAAGAAGUAUGGGACACUAUUCAGACUCUCUGUGAAGGCACUGACCAAGUCAGAGAAAAUAAGAUGCAGUUGUUUGUGCAACAAUAUGAAAGUUUUUAUUCCAAAUCCGGUGAAUGUUUAAAUGAUUUGUUUAACAUAUUUCAAAAACUGUUAAAUGGAUUAAAACUUUAUGGGAGGAUAUAUCUUGUUAAAGAUUCAAAUCUCAAAUUUCUAAGAGCCUUGCCUAAGGAUUGGAAACCUAUGACCGUUGCUUUAAGGCAAGCUCAAAAUUUUAAUGAAUAUUCUCUUGACAAACUUUAUGGUAUUCUUAAAACCUAUGAGCUUGAGAUUCAACAAGAUGGGGAACUUGAAAAGAGCUCCAAGAAGGAAAAGAUUGUGGCUCUUGUAGCUGAGAAAGAAGAUGAAGAGGAGAAGGCAUUAAAAUCUGUGGUUAUUGGUAAAGCUUCAAGUAACAAUGCUUGUGAAGGAAAGAAUGAAGCUGGAAAGAACAAAGCCAAAAUUAUUGAAGAAAAUGAGGAAUCCCUAACUCAAGAUGAGCUUGAUGAUCUUGAUGAACAUCUAGCUUUUCUUGCUAGAAAAUUCUCCAAACUCAAGUUUAAAAGAAAUGUAGUUAGCUUUAAAGCCUUCAAAAGAGGAAAUCAAUCUAAACCAUCUGGUAUGGUUGAUAGAUCAAAGUUCAAAUGCUUCAACUGUGGCCUACCUGGGCAUUUCUAUAAUGAAUGCAGAAGACCCCCUGCUGAGAAGAAGGGUUCUUCAUCUGAAAGUGUAGAUUACAGAAAGAAAUAUUUUGAUCUACUUAAACAGAACAAUGCGAGGGCAUUCAUAACUGAGGAUGGUGACUGGGCUGCUGAUGAAGGUGACUCUGAUAAUGAAGAACAUGUCAACUUGGCCCUGAUGGCAAUUGGAGAUGAAGCUGAUUCUAUUCCAACCAGCAAUGGACGGGUAAAAACCACCAACACAACUGAUCUUACUAAGACUGAAUGCAAACAAAUCAUUGAUGACAUGUCCAAUGAAAUCUAUAAUCUUAGAGUCUCUCUAAAAUCUUUAACAAAAGAAAAUGUUAGAAUUAAGGGGACUAAUGAUUUGCUUACUGAGAGAAAUGGGAAGCUUGAGACUGAAUUAAUCCAGAUGGAUAGAUUCAAAAAGUCUACAGAGCUUGCCAAGGAUGAGUUGUUGGCUGUUAUGAAAAGAGAAAAAAUUUUCAAAAAGAAAUUGUAA